GUUGUUUACACCAAGUAUAGACGAUUGGUAACACAGAACAGACAGUACGGUGAAGAGUAGACACUCAUUAACUUACUCAAGAGUUUUACCAACAGCACGCAGCCAUGGUUGCAAUGAUGAAGAAAGCGAAAACAUUUCAGGUUGUCUUCACGGACCCCGCCAAGACCUUUUACUGCGGCGGGGACAUAGUGUCCGGCCGCGUAGAAGUGGAAGUGAACGACGUCAUGCGAGUGUCCGCCGUCAAAUUGCUGGCUUUGGGCUGCGCCAAAGUGGGAUACGCCAAAGGGAAACAAAGAUGUAAGCAAGAGGCGGAAUACCUCCGACAUGAAGCUGUUUUGCAGCUCAACGACCAGCCAACAGACACAGAUGGCGCUGUAGUUCUGAGGCCAGGCAAAAAAUACGAAUAUUUCUUUGGGUUUGAGCUCCCACAGCAAGGGACGCUGGUGUCUUCCUAUAAGGGUAAAUUUGGGUAUGUUCACUACUACGUGAAAGCCAUGUUGGAGAGACCACGGCAGCCUGUCCUUGAGUGUAAGAAACACUUUGAAGUUGAAGAACCUCUGGAUGUCAACACACCAGAGCUACUGUCGCCUGCUGGGGGUCUGAAAGAGAAGAAGGUUACGUGCAUGUUCAUCCCGGACGGCCAGGUGUCACUCAAUGUCAAAAUUGACCGUCGCGGCUUCUGCGAGGGCGAAGACAUCUGCAUCAACGCAAAGUUCGAGAACACGUGUUCUCGCAUUGUGGUGCCAAAGGCCGCCAUCAUCGCCAAGCACACAUACCAGGCCAACGAUCGAACCAAGGUCAUCCGCGAGAAGCUGUCGUCUGUGCGGGGAAACCACAUCAUUUCCGGGAUGUGCGACGCCUGGCAGGGGAAAACCAUCCGCGUGCCGAAGAUCAAACCUUCAAUGCUGAGCUGCAAGAUCAUCCGAGUGGAGUACGCUUUAAUGAUCUAUGUCCACAUCCCCGGGAGCGAGAAGCUGAUCCUGGAGCUUCCCCUGGUCAUUGGGACUCCAGGUCUGGGUAGCCGUAGCAACAGCGUAAGCAGCCAGGAGGGUUCCCAGAGUUGGUUGUCCCUCCGCAUGCCGUCCGAGCCCCCCAGCUACUGCGACAUCACCAGCGACUUCCGCAUGGAGCAGCCGCACACGCGCCUCCUUGAUGAUUUUGACGGCGAUGAAAGCCCCAUCUUCAUGAACACGCCGGCGUUCUGCUUCCCCCCACCUCCUGCGUACAAGGAGUCUGAUGAGGACUUCACUGUCGGCGCUCAGAUGAUGCCAGUGUGCUGAGGCGGCGUUUUCGCUGCCGCAUUCUUCUAAACAGACGCUUCAGCUGAGAGAAGGAAGUUCUAAUUAAGGUGGUCACUGGCAAGAAAAUGUCCAGUGGUGUCAGCGGUUUCUGCACUUCACCCCGCCUGAGUCCUCCGUCACUGAACGUUCCAGGCCGCUGCCGAGCCUGCAGACAGGAGUCGCCGAGUGUGCCCUGUUUGAUUAGCUCCGUUUGCUGUCACUUUAUCGCUUCUUUGCAGUCUGCUGUUGGAUUUUCGGGAAGAAGUAUUUCCUUCCCGUGCCUUGUCAUUCCAGGGAUGAAGUUUUUUUCUUUGAUUUAACAAGAGUGUUUCUUUGGAAAGAAAAAUCCUGACGCCCUGAAAAAACCUUAUUAUAUCUUUGUUCUCAUAAACAUAUAUUCAACUUUUGUUGUUGGAACAAGUAUGGUUUGUACUUAAAGCGGGGGUGUCCAUGCCAAGAACUAAAAGAUGGGGUGGCUUUUUAAAGAUGCUAAAACCAAUAUAAUGUAGGUCAAUUUUUAUUUUAAGCUAACUGAACAAACCGGACCAUGUUUUAUCUUCAUGUUGCAAAUAGCAAAGUGAAUGAUUGUAAUAUCUCAAUAAAUGUGCUCCUACCAGGCUGCACUUUGGACACCCCCGUCUUAAAAGUUUGUUGCACUUUGUUGAUACAUUUUGCUGUACUACUGCCUAGAAGCGCGUUUUAUCAGGUGUGGAAUUUCCUGUUGUUUUGCAAAUACAACUAAGCACUUUUCGAUAGCCCGUCAGCGCCAAAUAUGAGCUCUGAAACAUCUUCUUUUAACGAUUCUACUUGCCAAAUUCUUCACAAAACACAUUUAUUUGCAUGAGGGAUUGACAAAAUGUUACCUGAUUUUGAUGUGUGCUUCACAGCGAGCUCUCAGGAUGUAAAAGCCAAGACUGAUUUGUAAAUAAUGUUUGUAAAGCAUUUAUGACACUUGUAUUUUUCUAUGGAACCCUAUGGGUUUUUAUAAUAAAAGACAUUUUGAAAAAAUA